AUGAUACUCAACUUGAAUAAUAUCUUGCUUCUCCUAGCUGCUACUGGGUCCAUUCAAGCCGGAAUCAUUCGAGCCAACGAGGACAUCGAUAAGCGUGCACCAGAACCAGCACGAGUAGGACCUAGACAGCCACAAGAUACUGAAGUCAUUAAAAUUACCCGACCCUUUAUUUCUAGCUUUGCAACCCAAAUUCACACAUAUGUGGCAAUGGUGAUGACUUCAACACGUACAAAUGCAGGAUGCGUUGUACUGCAUGGCAUGGUUGCAUACCCCAAGCUGAUGGAACAGCGUACUGCUCUUAAAAACUCACUGUAG